AUGAGCGCCGCAAGAAGUAAGACAUUAGAAAAAUCUAAAAUAAAAGUUGAAGAAUUCUCUCAGAAAUCUAAGUUUUUAUGUUUGUUUUGUGGUGGAAAGAGCUGUUCUAAGGAAAAUUAUCUAAAAAAUCCUCAUAAAAAUGCAAUACAUGGUCUUAAUUCAGAUUGGAUAACACCUGAAAUUUUAGCUAUGCAAAGACCUUCUUCAAGAAUUAUAAAAGAAUAUGGAAUUAUUGAACAAUUUUAGCAUGCUCAUAUCAAGGCAGUAUUUAAUUUGUAAUUACCUGGUGAACAUCCUUAUUGUGGUGAUAAAAUAAUAAAAGAAAGUGGUUUUACUUACAGGCCAGAAGAAUUUACAGAUCAUGGUAUUUUCUAUUUUAAUUUUGGAUGGACUGAUAUGGAAGUUACAAGUUUAGACCAUAUGAUCAAAAUAUUAACGCAUAUAGAUUUUAUAAUUAGUUAAGGAAUGAAGAUUUCAGUUCAUUGCCAUGCUGGUACUGGAAGAACAGGUCUUUUAAUAGCAUCCUGGUUAAUACUUAAAUUUAAUAUGACAGCUGUUGAGUCUAGAGAUUUAUUUAGAUCAAAGAGAGCUGGUGGGUUAACCAAAUCCAAACAACUUGUUUUUUUAAAGAAGUUUGAAGAAUUUAUAAUUAGCAGUAGGAUAAGUUUUUAGUAAAAAAAUUUCAUUAAAAUUGAACAAUUAAUUUAAGCUCAAGAAAAGUUAGUUUUUGGUAAGACAAAAACAUUAUCAAGGUAUCAACCUCACAUAAUGUAUUAAAUUCUUAAUAGAUUAGAAUUUUUGAUGGAAAAUAACAAAAUAAAUGCUACCCAACUUUGUCAUAGUUUCUAUGAUAUAGACAACAAAGAUAUAUUUGGUAAUCAAUAAUGGAGCAAUGUUCAGGAAUAGUAAAUAUCAUUGUUGAAAGAAUAAAUAAAUACUUUUUAGUGGUAAUUUUCUCAUUUUAGUGAUGUUAGAGUUUUAUCACAAGUUUUGCUAGAUUUUUUUGACUAGAAAAACCUUUAGGUUAUUAAGAAUGAAUCGGCGAUAAAAUUAAAUGAAUAUCUUUAGGAGUCAAAGAGUAUAGAAAUAGUUUUUGCUGAUGAAAGUAUCGUUUAAUUACUAGGAAGAUAUGAAUACUCUAUUCUCUCUAAGUUUUUAGAAUUUAUUUUGAGGAAUUUACAUAAAAACAAUUUAACGAUAUAGAUUAUAAAUUAAUUUAUACUCAGAAUAUGUAUAUCAGUACUUGGAAAGAGAUAAGAAUUAGAUCAUUUAUUUAUCUAAAGAUCUUUUCUCAGUACAGAGUGUGCUAAUUAAGUAGUUUUUAAUCUUUAUUAAUUCCUAAAUGCUUGGCUAAAUGAAAUGGUAUUACAUGAUAUGAUUGAUAAUUCAUAUUUUAACAGAAUAUUUAAUCGAACUGCAUGUAUUAUAGAAGGAAAGGAAAAAUAAUUUUCAGACAAAAAGAAUUCUUAAAUAUCAUAUAGUAGCACAAUAAAAAAGAGUCUCUAAACAAAACCAGAGCAUAUAUUAGUAGGAUAGCAUAUAAAAAAUGAUUAGUCGGAGUAUUAAAGCAGGAGAUAAAUAAAAUCUGAAAUUAAUUUUAUAGACAUAAGUUCAUCAUCAAACAAAAACAUUUAAUGA